ACGAACGCCGCGGCAGCCACCCUGCAGCCGUGGGUCGGAGGCGCCGUCCCUAGGCCCUGGAGCCCCGGCCGCCCCCGGGGAGUCGGCGCCGCUGCGAGAGUCUCGCAGGCUGGCCUCUGCCCGGCGCGGAGGGCGCGGAGCUCCCAGAGAGUCGUCCGGAGGUUGGGCCCAGGAGAAAGGAGGCCAGGAGCCACAUCAUCCCAGGAUAUCCCUGGUGAUCUCUGAAGAAUCUGUAUCAUGGAAUCGAUCUCUAUGAUGGGAAGCCCUAAGAGCCUUAGUGAGACAUUUUUGCCUAAUGGCAUAAAUGGUAUCAAAGAUGCAAGGAAGGUCACUGUGGGUGUAAUUGGAAGUGGAGAUUUCGCCAAAUCCUUAACCAUCCGACUUAUUAGAUGUGGCUAUCAUGUGGUCAUAGGAAGUAGAAAUCCUAAAUUUGCUUCUGAAUUUUUUCCUCAUGUGGUAGAUGUCACUCAUCAUGAAGAUGCACUAACAAAAACAAAUAUAAUAUUCAUCGCUAUACACCGAGAACAUUACACCUCCCUGUGGGACCUGAGACACCUGCUUGUGGGUAAAAUCCUGAUUGAUGUGAGCAAUAACAUGAGGAUAAACCAGUACCCAGAAUCCAAUGCUGAAUAUUUGGCUUCCUUGUUCCCGGAUUCACUGAUUGUCAAAGGGUUUAAUGUCAUCUCAGCUUGGACACUUCAGCUGGGACCUAAGGAUGCCAGCCGGCAGGUCUAUAUUUGCAGCAACAAUAUUCAAGCUCGACAACAGGUUAUUGAACUUGCUCGGCAUUUGAAUUUUAUACCCAUUGACUUGGGAUCAUUAUCAUCAGCCAGGGAGAUUGAAAAUUUACCUCUGCGACUGUUUACUCUCUGGAGAGGGCCCGUGGUGGUAGCCAUCAGUCUGGCCACGUUUUUCUUUCUUUAUUCCUUUGUCCGAGAUGUGAUACAUCCAUAUGCUAGAAACCAGCAGAGUGACUUCUACAAGAUUCCUAUUGAGAUUGUGAAUAAAACCUUGCCCAUAGUUGCCAUUACUUUGCUGUCCCUCGUGUACCUAGCAGGUCUCCUGGCAGCUGCCUAUCAACUUUAUUAUGGAACCAAGUAUAGGAGAUUUCCACCUUGGUUGGAGACCUGGUUACAGUGUAGAAAACAGCUUGGAUUACUAAGUUUUUUCUUUGCUUCAGUCCAUGUUGCCUACAGCCUCUGCUUACCAAUGAGAAGGUCAGAGAGAUACUUAUUUCUCAACAUGGCUUAUCAGCAGGUUCAUGCAAAUAUUGAAAACUCUUGGAAUGAAGAAGAAGUUUGGAGAAUUGAAAUGUACAUCUCCUUCGGCAUAAUGAGCCUGGGCUUGCUCUCCCUCCUGGCCGUCACCUCCAUCCCUUCAGUGAGCAAUGCCCUCAACUGGAGGGAGUUCAGUUUCAUUCAGUCUACACUCGGUUAUGUUGCUCUGCUCAUAAGCACUUUCCAUGUUUUAAUUUAUGGAUGGAAACGAGCUUUCGAAGAAGAGUACUACAGGUUUUAUACACCGCCAAACUUCGUGCUUGCUCUUGUUUUGCCCUCAAUUGUAAUUCUGGGUAAGAGCAUUUUACUACUUCCGUGUAUAAGCCAAAAGCUAAGGAGAAUUAAAAAAGGCUGGGAAAAGAGCCAAUUGCGAGAAGAAGGUAUUGGAGGAGCAGUUCCUCACCUCUCACCGGAGAGGGUCACGGUUAUGUGAGAGUAAAUGGUGCUGGCGGAUGCCAUAAAGAGCUCUUACUCAUGCCGUUGUUUCUACGACUUUGUCUGUGUUCAGUUGCCAGCACACUGUCAAAUUGCUGUGGGCUGAAACUUGUUCAGUGUGAUCUCAGCCAAAUAGUGGUAGAAUCUUCUUCAGAUUAAUUUUCACAAAUGUCAUGUGUGAAAAUGAAUUUUUGUAGUUAACUUAUUGUUGAAAUUUAGGUGUGUUUUUUUUUGUUUUGCACAUUCUGACAUUGUUAUUUUAACAAACUAUUCCACAGUCAGGCAAAAAUAUUUAUAGUUAAUAAUAUAGAUACAAUAUAAUAUUAAAAACACUUUGCAAAACAGCCAAAUUUAAGUUUUAAUACAAUUCAAUACAUAAGUUUUUUUCUGAAGCUCAAGUAAGGUUUUAAUGAUUAUCCAGUGUAAGAACUAGAAAUGCAUAAUCAUACUUUUUAAGAAAGGGCGCAUUAUAUUAGCAUCUAGGUAAGGAUGCAUGGCAAUGUUCCUGUACUUGUCUCAUAAGACAGGAUUUGAAAAAUGUCAUUGAUUUUUGUGAAUCAAUGUGAUUAUGUGAACCACCACAAACAGAGAAGAUACACUGUACCUGAAAUUAUAUUUAAAAUGCAUUGGAGACAGGAAAGAUACACUGAUAAUGCGAACCUCAUGAAAGAUUUUCCUCUUUAUCUUGUUACAAAGCAGUCCCAUUUGAAUAUCAGUGUGUUGUCAGGGAGAAGACUGUAAUAUGUGGCCUCCCAAACUGACUUUUCUUACAGUACCAGUCCUGGAAAUCUUCUCUUUGUUCCUCGUUAGAAGGAAAGUGUUAGGUUUCCACACAAGUAGUUGCUUGCCACCUGGCAUGUGCCAUUGCAGCUCAGCCAGCCAUCGCUCUCUACCACGCAGGAUUUUACAGAAGUUCAUUGAGGGGUUAGAACAUGCCACAAACUGUUCUGAGCACUUUAGCUGUAUUAUCCCAUUUAAUACUUUAAAUAAUCCCAUGACAGAGGUAGUUAUUAUCCUCAUUUUACAAAGGAGAAACUGAAGGAUAGAAAGUUAAGCAGUUUGCCCAAGGUCAUGGAGUUAGGCCAGAGCUAGCCUUCAAGUCCAGGCAGUAAUUUUCCAGAGGCUGUGAUUGUAACCACUAGGUUGCACGGCCCCUGCUUCACCCCCAUGCAUUACAGUCACAGUGCCAGUCUAUGUGCUUUCUCUUUUGUACAAAGGUAUUGACAUCCUCGAGAGUGAGUGUGGUUAUUAAAUUGUGGGGUAAUCCAUAGUGACUUACCUGUGGGGAGGAUCGUGCCUGGGACAUGACCCUGGAAACCCAUGGCAGCCCAUGUGCCUCUCACUGGGGUGAGGGACCCCAGCAGAGGUAGGACCGUGGCAGUUUUAAUAAAUGGUCCUACAGAGGCUUAAACAGCCCCAGUAGGUUAGUCGUCUCCUUUUCUCUUUUGAGAAGCCCUCCUAUGUGCUCAGCCAUUCAUUCGGAAGCAGUUCGCAAGCAUGAAGGAUAUUAGGGUAAGUUAAUUAUAAAUCUCCUCUAGAGGCAUAUAGUCACACAAAUUAUUCAUAAAUUUUUCAGUGCUGACAUUCCACAUUAAAAUUGCAUUUCAUUCAAAUUUUGGUUGGAAUGCCCUACAUUUUUUUUCCCAUGUGCUCUUUCCUAUUAAAAAAUUGCAGACAAGGUAACAUUAUAUACAUUCCUCCAAAAUUAUAACAUUGCUAAACUUACCCUCUGAAGUACUACUGAAUUCAGCUGCCAAAAAUAAAAGGAAUUGUACUUGCGGAGGCUACCUUGUCCCCCAGUGGCUCUUCCCCUACUGUACGUGAUGUCAGUUUGGUAAAUCAUCGUGAAUCUCUUGAUGCUCUUGGUGAGUUUUAAAAUAGCUUUUACUUUUCAACCGAGCUCUUUGUUUUCUUUAGUUAUAGUCUUCUCCUCUUGAUAAUCACUUUCUUGUUAGUUCUUAGUAGGAAUUCAGUUGGAAAAUAACUUUUAAAGGUAAAUACCUAUAAACUAUUGUAGUGGACUAGUGAAAUUAACAGAAUAUUUUCAAUACUUUCUUGUUCCUUAAGUUUUACUGUCUUAAGAUGAUCACCAUUUAAUGUGAAAAGGCAGUGAAAUAUUUUUAAAAGUUAGGUGAUUAUUGAAGUAUAUUGUUGCACAUAUAUAUUAAGUGGCCAAUAAUAUAAAUAACUAUGAGAGAUAAAUGGGGUCUUUAAAAAUAUGAAAAAAAACAGUUUAUGAAAAUGUAUAUAAGAUGUAACUGUUUCCAAUACUAUUUCCUUUUCUCCUUUACAAAAAUGAAAUUAAUUUUGAAGCUUUAGAAUAAAUAUAAUAUAUUCAUUGUAAUUCUAAAUAUUUAAAAGCCUUUCUAAAAUGCAAAAAUAUUGACUUAAUUGCUUUAUUUAAUUGACUUUUAAUAACCUAAUUUUACUAUUUCCUACAUGAUUGUUUUUCUUCAUCAGUAUUUUUCAUAAUUAUUUUUUUAAAAAAUCAUUACUCUGGCCUCAGAAGUAGGACUGAAUUCUUUCUUUUCUGGGUGUGAGAAAGUGCUGGGUACUGUGGAGUAACAGGGAUUUGUUCUCUAAUCUGUAUUUGGAGAAGUGCCCCUGCAAAAAUGAUAAGAAUGUAGAAAAUAUAUCCAGUCUUAGCCUAUGCAAAAAAAGAAAAUUUAGUAAUUUUUUCCUAAGAAGAAAAUAAUCCUGGAUGGAAUCAUGCUACUAAGCUUUUAUUGUGCACGUGUCUUAUGUUUCCUCUAUUAGUAAUUUUUAAAAUGUUUAAAUAUGAAUAUAUUCGUGCUGGCAUAUAUUUUUCAAAACAUAUAUGGAUAUUUAGCUGAGAUUGCCAACAUGGAGAGAUUUUUAUUUAAAUUUUAAAAUAUUUUAAACUAUGACUAAAUUCUAUUUAUAGGUAUUUAUCAGAGAUGAUUAUUUUGUGCUGCCUAUGGGACUGGCGGAUGAGCUGCAGUGUUGAGCUGCUUGAUUAUUUUCUUAUAAAUUGGCAUGAACCUAAGGAAUUUUGCUUUCAAAAUUAAUUUGAUAAUAGUAACAUAAGGUAAAUUCAUACAAAUUAUGAAAAUAAUUUGUGUAAAAGGGCUUCAAGAAUAUAUCCGAUUUGUGUAUUGUGUAUCUCCUAUGUAAUAUGAUGAAACCUUAAUUCUUUUUAAUUGCCUUUUGCCAUUAAUCUAUUUCAUAAUAAAUUCUGUACAGAGAGUUCCCCCCCACAAAAGGGUUUUAUUUGUGAAACUUAAGGUUUCUUAUGUGAUAUUUUAAAUAAAAUACCAUAAAUGUAAUUCAUAAGUAUUUCUUUAGGAAUACUAUAAACACUGAACCUGUAUCAGCCUACCAAAUCUGUUUUGCAGUAAGUAUUAAACAGCUUAAAAUGUCAUGUUGAAGUUAUUUUGUAAAUUCAUGACUUAAAGCAGCACUACACGUAGUAUAACACAUGUUGUCCAGUGUUAAGAUUAAUAUUUGUGAUGUGUCAUCAAGGAAAGGAGAUGCUCCACCUUGGAAUGAUUGUAAGUCAGCAAGCCAGUAAAACAAAUUCUGGUAUGGUAUUCAAUAUAUGUAAUUGCUCUAAAUGACACUCUGAGUAAUUUUAGUGGAAACACACUCCUUUUUUACCUUUGAACAGUGAAUUCUACAGGAAUGGGAAGGUUCUUCAAUUUUUUUUAGUGUGAAAAAUUAUAAAGUGCUAAUAUUCCGCCCACAUGAUAGCAAAAAAAAAAAAUGUUUAGUUCAGCCUGGCACAUGUACAUGCUGAGAUGGUUAGUUUUCAGAACCAUGGGAUUUCCAUCACGCUGUCAUUUAAAAUUAGGGCUGAUGGUACGGAUACUCCCAGUGACUAGACGGGCUAAGUUAAAUCACCAAAGCAGGUGCUUUUGUAUGAUUUCCAAAAUGCCAACUUCUAGGAAAUAUUCUCUUAAGAUUUUUUUUAAAAGGUUUUACAUAGUUUAUCAGAUAUAUCCAGCCCGAACAGGGACUGGAAGUUGUCUCCCAGUGUUUAGUUACCCUACUUCUUUAAAAGCUGCUGUCCAUCCAGUUCCUCAGCUGCUUGUAGUCAGGCAUUCCCCUGUGACUUAGUGUCUGCUGUUCAACAGUGAGAAGUAGGGGGAUGGAUGAAUGACUUCCUGGAGUGGAAGUCUCUUCGGAGGAAAGCACGUGUCCUUUAUCUUACUCCUCCAUCUCGCUGCCAGAAUUGCGGGAGCUUUGGCAUAUCCGAGAGAACCAAGGCCAUGCCCUGAGGAGAAGAUCGUGGAGACUAAAAAGAUCUCGUGGAGAUCUUUGACUAGUUCACUGCUUGGACUGUCUUUUCCUAGUUUUAAGCCACUGUAAACUUGGGUUUCUUUCUAUGAGGUCAAAAUCCAUCCAUUCUGGCUUCAGUUUUUUGUCAUGAUACUGUUUAACACUGUUUGAAUAAACUAGAACACAAUAAUUCUUACCUUUAAAAGUUUUUAAAAGGUAAUGUGCAGUUCACAUUAGGAUUGAUUUUCCAUUGUAAACUAAUUAUACUCAUCUUCCUGCCUAGAUAUGUGAUUUGAUAUUUUGUAUAUGCUUAGAAAAUAGUCUUCGUAACUAUGUAACAGAUAUUUGCUAAAACUCUGUAAUCUCCAAAUAUUGCUAUCACAUUACAUGCCAUGUUUUUAUAUCAUUCUCAUAGAUCUGCCUUAUAAAUAAAAAGUACUAUUUAAUGUGUUUUAA